AUGGCCACGUGGACGCCAGAAAGCGCCGAGGCUGUGGCCGCCGUGAACAUGCUCCGCGAUAACAUCCACUUAGCCGGUACGGUCAAUCGCGGCACGUGGUACUACCCGCCGACGGUGUUGGACGAGAACGGACGACUGUGGGGCAACUACGACGACCACUUCGAUCGUGUUAUUAAGAACCGGAAGCUCGUACGGUAUCUCUACCGGUCGCUGCAGCCGGACGCGCCUGUGCCCUUGCUGCUGGGCCGCGCUGGCCACUUGGCCACGGUCAAGGAGUUCGCGACCAACAUGAUGACGUACUACCGGCCGCUGUUGACUUCGGUCAACGUGCUCUGCUCGCACCUGGGCGCGCAGGCCGUUUUCCUGGUGGCCGAGGCCGACAUUUUGUAUAAGAUCGCGUCGACUAUGAGCCGCCCGUGA